UAGGUUGCUGUAAAACUGUGACAGACCUGCGUUCAGAUUGUUAUCAAAUUAACAAUCAGACAACUUGUAGCUAACAUUCAACUUGAACUUGAAAAUAGGACUUUAUUGCAAUUAUCUGCACGUCUACUGUAGCUAGCAACAAAUAUAAAUAUGAGUGGUCCUGCCUUUGUAAAUGAGUAUGUUAACGUUAAAUUAAGUUACCAGUGAACAAACAAGAGAUACCACAAGCAUUGGUGGAAAAGGUUGCUAGCUAGCGAUCUGGAUAUUGUAUUAUUUUUGAUUCACUGAGAUCACCUACGUAAUGGACUUGGCUAAUGUGGCAAGCUAAACCAAAUGGGUAUUGCAUAUAACAUCUAAGAAAGAAUUGACUUUCCUUUGGGUUUUGCAAUAUUGGUAUUGCUCAAAGCUAAAGUUAAUUAGAUAGCUAACUUAGCAUGGCUAGCUAGUUAAUAUCGCAGAAAGUUAGCAAUCUGGAUAGACCUGACGUAAAAUGAUUUGUGUUAAGGAAAGAUAUAUGCAGCCCAAUAUCUGGAUACCGAGUUCGCUAGCGCCAUCUUUCACGGUCACGUGUAACGAUAUAGCAAGCUUGUGCGGAAAAAAUAACGUAACAUUCAGCUAGCUGGCUAUCAUGCUAAAGGGCUGGAUUCGAAUGAACAGCCAUUCAGGAACUUUGGAAUACAGCGCUAGAUGAUGAGCAAGCUAAAAUGACAGCUCUGUUCUGAGAUAUUGAAACCGAGAAAGAUUAGCAAACCGUUCUGUUGCCAUGGGGUUUUCCUGACAUUUUAUGUCACCAAGACUGAGCUGUGAAGAUUGACAGUUUUGACGCACGCGAGCUGGAUCUGUUCGGGUCGAGAGAAGAAUGUAGCGUUUGCUUGUAGAACAUAUCGAACGUAUUUUGAAGUUUUUGUGUGUGCAUUAAUAUCAAAUUCAAGUAUAAUAUGGCUCUAAUAGAAGGAAUUGAAGACACGGCCAAGGGCUGUAAAACGAUGGAAUCUGGAGCAAAUAUCGGCCUUUGUAACGAUAGUCGACCAUGUUCUAGAACCGAACAAGUACGGGUCGCUGAAGCGGCGAUCUUGGAGAGGUUGGGACCCUACGAGCCAGCGAUAACCUACCUACAGUCGGUGCUUGUGUGGGAAAGACCACUUCAUAGUGUAUUACAGUACACGUUUAUCAACGUCGUGUUCUGGUUCUUUGCCCUGUGCUCUCUGCGCCUGCUGUUCCUGCUGUCUGCUGGCCUGGCCGUAGCGGUGUGCCUGGACAUCUGGGGGAACAGGGUCUGGCACAAGAUUGGAUUGAUGCAGUCAGGUGGAAAGGAAAGCUGGGGCCUGGUCCACCCGGGGGUCCUUAGUGUGCCGGAGCUGAGCCACCACAUGGCGGAGAUGUGGGUGACCCUGUCAUCGUUCAUGAGGAGCCUUGAAGAACUUAGACAGUACAAUCCAGCCAAGUUUUGUCUCCUGGUCUGUGGUUUCUUCUCCUUUGUGGCAAUGCUGGGACACUACAUUCCAGGCUUGGUGUUCUCCUACACUGCACUACUGGCUGUGCUGCUGUGCCCUCUGGCAGCGUGCCACAGAGUGCUGCAGGGCAUUCUAGUGUACGUGGAGCCAGCCCUGCAGCGGCUGGACUUCAGUGCCAGUGGAUACAUGAUGUCCAAGCCCAAAGAGAACCAAUUCCUCCGCAGACCCAUCCGACACGCUCCCGCAGGUGACGGCAGUGACAGUGAGGAAGAACUGUCUGCCUUCUGCCCACAGCUGGAUGAUGCUGUGGUGGCUAAGGAGUUGGCCAUCACAGACUCGGAGCACUCUGAUGCUGAGGUCUCAUACACUGAGAAUGGUACCUUCAACCUGUCGAGAGGUCAGACCCCACUCACCGAAGGCUCAGAAGACUUGGACCGGCACAGCGAUGCCGAGGAGUCCUUCUCCUCCGACCUCCCCGACUUCCCCUCCAUCAACCCGGAGGCCACUCUGAUGGAUGACGAUGACGACGCCAGUAUCGGGCUCCCGAGCUUGGGUCCCUCACGCUCCCACGGCCCCGGGAACGCCUCGCUGGACGUGGAGGCCCAGCUGGACAUGGACCAAGAGAGCAUCGACGACGAGCUGUCCCUGGGCGGCCUCCCCCCUGCCACCGACCUCACCGCUGAGCUCAGCGGGAUCAUCGCCAGCAACAUGAUUCAGGCCGCCCUGGCAGGAGCCCUGCAAGCCAACCGCCCCCCGGCCGGGUCUCGGAGAGCUGGUUCCGCUUACCGUAAGCAGUCCAGCUCCGAGCUUGACACCGACCCGGAGGGCGAGGACUUUGAGAUGCUGGAUCAGUCUGAGCUCAACCAGAUGGAUCCCGUGGGACCAUCCGGACAGGGAGGAAGGCCAGGAGGGCCCCAGCAGCACAGGAACCAAGGGCCCGGCUUCCUGUCCAACCUGCUGGGAAAGCCGAAGUAAAGCUCCCGUCUGUUCUAUCGCGGUGUCCGAAUAUGGGACAAGAUGUGAUGGACGGAUGCACGGGGUGGAGGUUGGGUGUCUGAAGAAACCAGUGCAGUCACUGCAGGGUAAAGUGAGCACUGUAGGGGAGUAGGUUUGUUAUUUUCAUUUGCCUUGUCAUCCCUUCUCCUUGGGUCUAUUCACAGGGGAUCAUUUUUUGCCAUGCUCAUCAAUCUAUGCAGCCCUGAAUCACCAGUACUAGAGAUGUUUCUGGCUUUUUGUCAAUCCAAGCUCUUAAUUAUGUAAUAGGAUCAGUUCUCAUGACAAAUAUGAGCAGUUGACCAUGGACCCAAGGUGUCCCUCAUUAACCAUUCGGACUCCUGGUCCAGUUAUAUACCGUUAAAACACUCAAUGUAGGGAAAAGGAGACCGCCAUGUUAAAAAAAACAAAAAAAACAGGGUUACUUGUUGAGCAAUAGGAAACCAUUCUAAAGAUGUGACAUGGUAUAAACAGACCAUGCUGACAUCAUUUUUUAUGCCAUAGCCAUAAUGAAAAAGUCAUUCUCAAUGACUGGAGCCUGAAUGCAACUGAAAAUGGGCAUACAGUAUCCUGUUUUGUUUCUCUGAAAAGUAUCAACUUAAUGUAGGACCAAAGGAGUACAUUCCUGAGUUUUUAAAAUGCAAGCCUAAUAAGGAAAAGUAUAGAAAGUAAAAAGUUUAACUAUGAGCAAUAUGAGAGAUCGACAGAUUAAAACAGUUGCCAUCACAAAUAUUUCUUCACAGGAAAGCUUGUUUGGUUCUGUAAAACACCACCAUACACAGUGCGUUCCAAAAUGAUUGGCACCCUUGUUUAAGAUGACCAAAAGGCUGUAUAAAAUAAAGUACAAAUGUCAUGAGUUAUACUCUUUACUCAAAAUGGGAACAUUAUUAUUAUUAUUAUUUUAUAUGAAUGAAGUUGCUCAGAUAACUAUAAAUAAAAACAAAUCCAAAAAAGAUGGGUGUCAAAAUUAUUGCUACCCAUGCCUUUUGUACUUUUCACCCUCUAUUCACAGGGAUGAAACUAUUGCUGUCAUCUUCUCUAAUGUUUUAUGAGAUUUUUUAUGAGGUGUUAUUCACCAUUCUUGCAGAUCCUUGAAUUAUGUGAAUUAACAAAGAUCGCCCCCAAUAUGUUAACCAAUGUCAUAAAGCACUACAAAAAACCUGAAUUGGUAGUUUUAUUUAUCCUUGUGAAUGAAGAGUGCAUGAAGUACUAAAUACAGAGGUGCUAAUAAUUAUCACUUUUUUUCUUUUCUUUAAGCAAUUAUAUUUGUAGACAAUAAAAGUGUUCCCAUUUCUGAGCAGAAAAUAUAGUUAAUUGCCUGUUAUUAUUUUAUAGACCUCCCUCAUCUUUACCAGGGGUGCCAGUAAUAUUGGAAGGCAUUUUCAUUGUAUACCCAGCUGAAUUAUUUUGGGCCGAUGGUUGGAUAAACGUUCACACGGUACAUAAAGUUCACAAACCAACAGAAAUUCUAAAAUCUAAAUCUUAAUUUCAGAGGCAAAUAUCAAAUCAAAUGUUGACACAGUUUUGAAUGAGCUUAUAUGUGUGGGAUUCUGCAGCGUUUCUCUGUCCCAUGGUAUGUGUGGUUUUCCUAGCACUCUUGACAAACUACCUGCCUCAGUGUCAGAUCUGCUUCUGAGCGUCUCUUGUGACACACUGCAGCCAUCUUGUCUUCACCCUAUGCCCUGCCUCCAUGUCUCUGUGUGCAGGGACUGUGAAAAUGCAUUUCUGUCAAUAGGAGUUUCUCGCAACAAUGUUUUCUGCAAUCUGUGAAAAAAAACCGUGAAACCUAACUUUAUUUGACUACACUACAGCAUAUAUAAAUAAAAUAUAUUUAAUGCAGGGUAAUUGAUGGCAUUCUAAAAAUCGAUUACAAAUUGUAGCCAAACAGGAGGACUCCUUCACUUUUUUCAUCCUUUAACAAUGCAAUGUGAACGACACACUGAAGGACCAGUUUAUUUGCUGAUGGCAACCUGUUCACUGAAUCCACUGUGGGCAAGGUUUUUUUUUAUCAUGUUCUAUCAUUUAUGUUCUAUAUACUGUGUUGCAUUCGCACAUUGCAUUUAUAUGCUUCAGCUUAACAGCAGUGUCAUUGUAUUACUUGUGAUAGAAUUUUCCAACCUGUGUUCAAUAUCCUGACCAUGUUAUCAGAGAAACUUGCAACAAAUUUCAUUGUUUGUAUUGUAAUGGUUUUUAUUUUAUUUUUUACUUUAAACCCAUCAGCUGCAUGGCACCAAUUAUCCUUGUCACUUUUUAUUGUUUUAUACAGUUCUAGCAUCAAUGUGCAGAAUCUGUGAAACUUCCAUUAUGAUCACACUUAUUCCUUUGUAGCUUUCUUUUGCAUUAAACUAGCAGUGAGGGCUUGAAUUCUAGAUUUCAUUUAAUCGUGGGCUGAAGUCUCUUAAGGACAUGGAUAGCCUACUGACCUCAGGUCCCACUGACCCAAGACCCAGUGGCCAAGCACUGAAAAGGAGAUGAAGAAACUUUAAAUGGAGGAUGUCUACCAGUACAUCAUUACCUCUAGAGUGGGUAAACGGAACAUCAGCCAGACAGGCAAUAACUGACAUACUUGACUAUGUAUGGUGUGACCGGUCUGGAAGUUUUAACUUUUCAAAUCUGGCUCAACACAUGCCCACUGAGUUGAUGGAUAUCUUUGUGAAAGUCCUCCUGAAGUGACUAAAAUGAUGUUCAGGAACUGUGACUGUGAAUAAUCCUACCUUCAUCAGUCUUGCCAGUGUGUCUGAAGAGGUGAGUGUGAGGCUGCAGUGAUGUCGCUACAUCUGACGGCUUAAUGCUGUAUUUUUUCAGCAGCAAUUCCUUCUUGUGCCUGUUUUCCACUUUACAGCAUAGAAUAGCUACAAUAACAUUUGACAUUUUUGUGCCCGUUGUUCUUUCGUUUUUUGACCACUUGCUGAACAGAUGUUUAUCUGACCCUCUCACCUUUCCCAGUGGGACCAACUCAAUUCUUGUUGGGUUCAUUUAGCUGGUGUAAUGGCUCAAGCUUUGUGUGCUUAGUUUGCCAUAUCAAAACGGCUUAUCUUUCACAUGGUUGUAAUGGUGUCUCAAAUUAAUAAAGCUUCUGAAUGGGUUUGGUGCAUUUGUGCAGAGAUUUUGAAUAUGUGAAGUGUGAAUAUUGUCUUUUUGGCAUUCUGGGUGGGAUACAGGAGUCACAGAAGAAAUGUGUGUAAAUGCAUAAAAUAUAGGUUAUAAGUAUAAGAAUUGUGAUUAUUAAGCAGUGUAUUGAAUUUGGGCCAAGCUAAUUCAGUAAAUGUGUACAACUAAAGGAUAAAAUGUUAGACACAUAUGCCCUAUGUCCUUUCAAGGCGUAAGUUACCAUUUGGAAAUAUAGAAUAUAAAAAAAUGGGGUGGGCAUCUAUUUUUGCUGUUACAUUGUUUUCCAUAUGAUGGCAAGAUUAAUAUCUCCUUUUGAUUUUUGUCUUCUGUCAUCUAAAUACAAUGCAGUUUUGAAGUGGACAAACAAGCAUCAAUAAUUAUUUCGCUUACAGAGAAGUGUAAUAUCAGUUUUUAAAAAUGUAAAAUUAUUUAUAUAGGGAAAAUGAAAACCCAAGAACUAUUCUAGAAAAAAAUAUUUUUGUAAUAAAAGUAUAGAUAUGUAUUCUUAGGAGAUGUCAUGUUCCAGAAAGAGACCAUGAUAUCAAAGUUAUGUGACUCGUUUGUGAUGUGGAACAUUGUUUCUGCAGUCAUGUGCCCUGUGUAAGUGUCAACAGUAGUGUUGCAUUUUCUCUGAAACUCGUGAUCAUUUGUAAUGUGUAAAAAAUAAAUAAAGGCAAAGUCUACAUA